GCGCCAUUCAACUUCGGAAACUGCUUUGGUUGUAAUCUUGUCGUCCAAAACUUGAAAUUUUCGUUUGUUGUGAAAUUUUGAGCGACUAUGGCCGGGAAAGGCGAGGGUCCGGCGAUCGGAAUUGAUUUGGGUACGACAUAUUCUUGUGUUGGUGUUUGGCAACAUGAUCGGGUCGAAAUUAUAGCCAAUGAUCAGGGUAACAGGACGACGCCAUCUUAUGUGGCUUUCACUGACACCGAACGAUUGAUUGGUGAUGCUGCUAAGAACCAGGUCGCGAUGAAUCCGACCAACACUGUUUUCGACGCCAAGCGUUUGAUUGGUAGGCGUUUCAGUGAUCCAUCGGUGCAAAGUGACCUCAAAUUGUGGCCGUUUAAGGUGAUUGCUGGCCCGGGGGACAAGCCCAUGAUCGUAGUCACUUACAAGGGUGAGGAGAAGCAAUUUGCGGCCGAAGAGAUUUCUUCAAUGGUUCUCAUAAAGAUGAAGGAGAUCGCCGAGGCCUAUCUUGGUUCUACUGUGAAGAACGCCGUUGUUACUGUGCCCGCAUAUUUCAAUGAUUCCCAGCGCCAAGCCACAAAGGAUGCUGGUGUUAUCUCUGGGCUGAAUGUGAUGCGUAUUAUUAAUGAACCUACUGCUGCUGCCAUUGCUUAUGGACUUGACAAAAAAGCUAGCAGCACCGGCGAGAAGAACGUUCUUAUUUUCGAUCUUGGUGGUGGGACUUUUGAUGUUUCCCUUCUCACCAUUGAAGAAGGUAUUUUUGAAGUGAAGGCAACUGCCGGAGAUACCCACUUGGGUGGUGAGGACUUUGAUAACAGAAUGGUGAACCAUUUUGUUCAGGAAUUCAAGAGGAAGAACAAGAAAGAUAUUAGUGGGAACCCCAGAGCUUUGAGGAGGUUGAGAACAGCGUGUGAGAGAGCGAAAAGGACCCUCUCAUCUACCGCUCAAACUACCAUCGAGAUUGACUCAUUGUAUGAAGGCAUUGACUUUUACACAACUAUCACUCGUGCUCGGUUCGAAGAGCUGAACAUGGAUCUCUUCAGAAAGUGUAUGGAGCCCGUGGAGAAGUGUUUGAGGGAUGCAAAGAUGGACAAAAGCAGUGUCCACGAUGUCGUUCUUGUGGGGGGAUCCACUAGAAUUCCCAAGGUCCAACAAUUGUUGCAAGACUUCUUCAACGGUAAAGAGCUCUGCAAGAGCAUUAACCCCGACGAGGCUGUUGCCUAUGGUGCUGCUGUCCAAGCUGCCAUCCUCAGCGGAGAAGGCAAUGAGAAAGUACAGGACCUUCUGUUGCUGGACGUCACUCCUUUGUCCCUCGGUUUGGAAACUGCUGGGGGUGUCAUGACUGUGUUGAUUCCCAGGAACACCACAAUUCCCACCAAGAAAGAGCAAGUGUUUUCAACCUACUCUGAUAAUCAGCCCGGUGUGCUGAUUCAGGUCUAUGAGGGUGAACGUACCAGGACCCGUGACAACAACCUGCUUGGUAAAUUUGAGUUGUCUGGCAUUCCUCCUGCUCCAAGGGGAGUCCCACAAAUCAAUGUUUGCUUCGAUAUCGAUGCGAACGGGAUAUUGAAUGUAUCCGCGGAGGACAAGACUACAGGGCAGAAGAAUAAGAUUACAAUUACCAACGACAAAGGAAGGCUUUCAAAGGAAGAGAUUGAGAAGAUGGUACAGGAGGCGGAGAAGUACAAGGCUGAGGACGAGGAGCACAAGAAGAAAGUGGAGGCUAAGAACGCACUUGAGAACUACGCAUAUAACAUGAGGAACACUGUGAAGGAUGAGAAGAUCGCCUCCAAGCUUCCUGCUGCUGAUAAGAAAAAGAUUGAAGAUGCGAUUGAGGAGGCUAUCAGUUGGUUGGAUGGGAACCAGCUUGCUGAGGCAGACGAAUUUGAGGACAAGAUGAAAGAGUUGGAGGGUAUCUGCAACCCCAUUAUUGCCAAGAUGUAUCAGGGUGCUGGGGGUGAUGCUGCGGGAUCCAUGGAUGAGGAUGCUCCUUCAGCUGGCGGAUCUGGUGCUGGGCCCAAGAUCGAGGAAGUGGACUAAGUUAAACAAUGUAUCGCGGCUGGCGUUUCCCUUUUCGUGUGUUAUUUUUGUGUGCUUCUAUGAUGUAGGCAGUACGUAAACUUAAACAAUAUUAAAGUUCUAUUCUAAUGUUUCGGCUGUGGACUGGUGGAUCCUAUUUUGUUUCAAAGCUAUGUUUUCGGAUUUGAGUCUGGAGUUUUCAUUGUUGAGGAUCAUCGGGAGAUUGAACCACGAUAUGGAUCAUGUAUGUUUAUGUUA